UUGCUAGGACAAAUUCACAUCCUGUCUAACGUUUUACCCUGUUACCUCAGUUAUUUUCACCCGGACUCAUACACUUCUACAUCAUUUGCUCACUCACUCUUUAGGCGCGUUUACCGAUGGUUUCUUCUCAUGUAUAACGUUUCGUACGUCUUGGGAAUUUCCGGUUACGUUCUAAUGAUGCUGACCAUUUUCCAAAUCAACAUGAUUUUUCUACUCCCAACACCCCUGGCCAUGGACAUUUCCGUUUGCUCACUUUUCUACGGUCUCUAUUAUGGUGUGAUCUCAAGGGAUUUUGCCGAAGUUUGUUCCGAUAAAAUGGCUGCUCAGAUAGGCUAUCAUGUUCCUCAAGGGAUGCCAGUGCGCAGACUAGACCCGUCUGUCUGCUCCAUAUGUACAAAUCUGCUUGACACGGACUAUCCGGAGAAGAUACACAAGCUCAACUGUCAGCACACUUUCCAUGACUGCUGCAUACGGGGUUGGUGUAUUGUGGGAAAAAAGGACACUUGCCCAUAUUGCAAAGAGAAAGUUAAUCUGAAGAAGACUUUCACAAAUCCGGAGCGGAAUAAUUAUAAUAUCAUAAUAAUAAUUAGAUGUGGUAUUUCAACCUGGUCCAGUCUCUAUAUAGUCGAGGUCAAAGUUUUAUUAUGA